AGCGAUAUGUCUGGUUAAUUCCAGCAACGAACAAGACACUGGCAUGCUAACUAGUUACGCGACCCCCGAGCGGUUGGCGUCCCCCAACUUCUUAGAGGGACAAGUGGCAUUCAGCCACCCAAGAUUGAGCAAUAACAGGUCUGUGACGCCCUUAGAUGUCCGGGGCUGCACGCGCGCUACACUGACUGGCCCAGCGUGUGCCUACCUUACACAGGCAGGCUUGGGUAACCCAUUGAACCUCAUUCGUGAUGGAGAUCGGGGAUUGCAAUUAUUCCCCAUGAACGAGGAAUUCCCAGUAAGUGCGGGUCAUAAGCUUGCGUUGAUUAAGUCCCUGCCCUUUGUACACACCGCCCGUCGCUACUACCGAUUGGAUGGUUUAGUGAGGCCCUCGGAUCGGCCCCGCCGGGGUCGGCCCACGGCCCUGGCGGAGCGCUGAGAAGACGGUCGAACUUGACUAUCUAGAGGAAGUAAAAGUCGUAACAAGGUUUCCGUAGGUGAACCUGCGGAAGGAUCAUUAA